CUGUGGACGUCCCAUCAGUGUGUAGAGUAAAUAUGGCCAAUCGAAGCAAAAAGUAAAGUGAAGCGAUACAUUUCUCAGCGCGUGCUCUGUUGACGGAGACACGCGCGUUUUCCUGGUCGAGCCUUUCCGGCUGCGCUUACAUGAACCAGGAUGCAAAAAAACAAAACCCGGAUCCGUCCUUGGUCUUGCUGAGACUUCAGACGCACGCUCUUCGCUGGUGGGAGAAAAUCAGCCUCCGUGAACGAUCGCUAUGACGACUGGCACGGAGACGAGGAAGGACGGGAAGCUUUAAUCAGAGCUGCUGCAGGUUGCAGACGCCUCUCUGGACAUCGUGUUCAUUUGAUGAUGACGGACACUUUUGCAUGUAGCACAACAUGUGGCUGCAAAGGCGUCCGCACCUGUCUCUCAUGUGAAGACUCCAAGGAAAACAAACACGCGGCGGAGAGCGGACACGAGGUUUUCCACCAUUUCUGGUAUGAUCCUGUGUUGAAGUUGGCUGCACGCAAUGGCGGUGAGCCUACAUCCUUUCCCUUCCCUGGAGUGGUUAUUUGGGAAAACUUCAUAUCAGAAGACGAGGAGAGUGAACAGAUUCGCAAGAUGGACCAAGAUAUUUGGAACCAGUCCCAGUCUGGACGGAAGAAGCAGGACUUUGGCCCAAAAGUGAAUUUCAAGCGGCGAAAAUUGCGUUUGGGCAAAUUCUGUGGAUUGCCUGAAGCAAGCCGAGAACUGGUUCACCGAAUGCUCCAAGAGCCACUUCUUGCCAACUUCCAACCAGUGGAACAGUGCAACCUGGACUACAAUCCCCAGCGAGGCUCUGCCAUUGACCCACAUCUGGAUGACUCCUGGCUGUGGGGGGAACUUCUAGUCACUAUUAACAUGUUAUCAGACACCACAUUGACGAUGUCCCUCGAAAAGGGCCUAUCAGACCUGGGACUGGAGGAGGAGGUUCGAGUAGCUGUGCGUGUCCCCCGCAGAUCACUGCUGGCACUUCAUAGUGAGGCAAGGCACAAAUGGAAACACGCCAUCCAUAGGAAGGAUGUUGAAGCACGCAGAGUUUGCAUUACCUUCAGAGAGCUGUCUGCAGAGUUCUUACCCAGAGGACAGCAGGCACAGCUAGGAGCUCAGCUGUUAGAUAUUGCUCUAAGCUUCCAGGGUACCCAAGUCUAGGCUAAAAUAAGUAAAUGAAAUAAGAAUACAAUGCACAUUCAUGCAUAGUAAAAGUCAGCUGAACAUGAAUAAUGUCUGCUUACUAUUCAGAUGGACACACGUACUAGUAUUGUAUGACUUUAGUGGCCGAUAAAGUUCAGUCUAUAUUUAAAGGGCUUCAUUUGAUUUCACACACACCUUGUUAUUGUAUUACUUUGGUGGCUAAUAAAGUUCAGUCUG